AUGUUGUCGCAUCAGUACCAAUGUGCCCACCGUAGGGUGCCAUUGUCUUCGACGGAGAUUAUAGUGUCUUGCCUGCUCGUGGCUGGCUCGCUGGAUGUUAUUUUUCACUAUCGCGAAUACAUCCUUGAGUCGCGCUGUUUUCUGGAGCGCGGUGUCUGGCGGGCUUCCUGUGCCAGGUGUAACUUCAUCAUACAGGGCUCCAGAGUAAGCAUCAAGGGCAUCCUUCCGGAUACCUCGGGACUAGAAGCUGUCAAGCAAUUAAAACCCCCCAUUAAUCUACAGCAGCUGGAUGCUUUCAUGGGAAAAGUUAACUACUACUGCAAUUUCAUCCCCAAUUUUUCUCAGCUAGCGUCUCCGCUCAAUCAGCUUCGAAGGAAGAACGUAGUCUUCAAAUUCGGUCGGAGUCAGCAGCAGGCUUUUACAGCUUUAAAAGCACACAUUCUCAACGCUACAGAACUAGCACAUUUCAACGAGCAUCUACCGCUUGUUCUAGCCACCGAUGCAUCUUCAUAUGGCAUUGGUGCGGUCUUGUCACACACUCAAGCAGAUGGUUCGAUACAGCCAAAUAGAAAAGGAAGCACUUUCGAUUGUAUUUGGGGUAAAGAAAUUCCAUCAGUACCUUUACGGCAGAAAGUUUAUUCUCAUUACGGAUCACAAGCCAUUGGUCACGAUAUUCAACCCAAGCAAGCAUCUGCCUACGAUGACUUCGAACAGGCUUCAACGUUGGGCUAUAAUCUUGAUGGCAUACAACUUUGAAAUAAGGUAUCGCAGCACCACAGCUCAUGGAAAUGCA